CAUCGACUUCAGUGGAUCCAAUGAGGUGACGCCGCGUUCCGGGCCCGACUGAUGAAGUCAAACCGGUGAUAAGCUGGGCUAAAACUGUCCUGUAUUAAAAUCCAGAGGCUCUAAAUCGCCUCAAAAGUAGUCAUCUAAUAUCAGAGGAAACACGAAAGAGGGCUGUGUGUUGUUAGUUCGGUCCGCAAUUGUAUAUCCCGAAGAAAGCUCGUCAUGGUGUGGAGAAAGCUUCCAUUGGCUACUUUGUUCUGCCUUGUUCUAGCAAUGUUGCCUUCUCACACAGAUGCUGUGGCAGUCAUGUCAAUAGAUGUAGGGAGUGAAUGGAUGAAGAUGGCAAUAGUCAAACCUGGUGUGCCAAUGGAGAUUGUUCUCAACAAAGAGUCGAGGAGGAAAACACCUGCAGUUGUAUGUCUCAAAGAAAAUGAAAGACUUUUCGGCGACAGUGCUUUAGGAGUGUCUGUGAAGAACCCGAAAACUGUCUAUCGACACCUGCAAAAUCUCAUGGGCAAAAAGCACGACAACCCACUUACAGCACUUUACCGGAAACAGUUUCCUGAGCACCAACUUCAAGUUGACCCUUCCCGAGACACAAUUUACUUCAAAGACUCAGAGAAACUGCAGUACACACCAGAAGAAAUUCUCGGGAUGAUGCUCAAUUAUUCUCGUGGACUGGCUGAGGACUUUGCAGAACAGCCAAUCAAAGACGCAGUUAUCACUGUUCCAGCCUUUUUUAAUCAGGCAGAGCGAAGGUCAAUGCUGCAGGCUGCACAAAUGGCAGGUCUGAAGGUCCUUCAACUCAUCAAUGACAACACAGCCGUUGCCUUGAAUUAUGGGGUCUUUAGAAGGAAAGAUAUUGAUGCCACAGGCAAGAAUGUGAUGUUUUAUGAUAUGGGGUCAGGCAGCACAACUGCCACUAUUGUCACAUAUCAGACCGUGAAAACAAAGGAUUCUGGCACCCAGCCGCAGUUGCAGAUUGAAGGUGUCGGAUUUGAUCGUGGUUUGGGUGGGUUUGAGAUGGAUUUUCGCCUUCGCGAUCAUUUGGCCGGACUGUUCAACAAGCAGAAAAAGACCACGAAAGAUGUGCGAGAGAGCCCCCGUGCCAUGGCCAAGCUACUCAAGGAGGCCCAGAGGCUGAAGACGGUGCUCAGUGCAAAUAUAGAAUUCAUGGCCCAGGUGGAAGGUUUAAUUGAUGAAAUUGACUUCAAGGCCAAGGUCACCAGAGCAGAGUUUGAAGAGCUGUGUGCUGAUCUAUUUGAAAGAGUGCCGCACCCGGUCCGGGAUGCCCUCACUGCUGCAGAAAUGAAUCUGGAUGAAAUUGAACAGGUGAUUUUAGUUGGCGGCGCUACACGUGUCCCUAAAGUUCAGGAAGUGCUGCUCAAAGCAGUCGGAAAGGAGGAGUUGGGGAAAAAUAUAAACGCGGAUGAGGCAGCAGCCAUGGGAGCAGUUUAUCAGGCUGCAGCUCUCAGUAAGGCCUUCAAAGUCACACCAUUCCUGGUCCGAGACGCAGCCGUCUUCCCCAUUCAGGUGGAUUUCACUCGUGAGGUUGAGGAAGAAGGUGCCAAAACCUUGAAACACAGCAAACGAAUCCUCUUUCAGAGGAUGGCACCCUAUCCCCAGCGAAAGGUCAUCACAUUCAACCGCUAUAAUGAUGACUUUGCUUUCAACAUCAACUAUGGAGAUCUUAGUUUCCUGUCUCAGGAAGACCUCAGUGUGUUUGGCUCUCUCAACCUGACAACAGUCAAUUUGUCAGGAGUAGGCAGCAGCUUUCAGAAGCACACGCAGGCAGAGUCCAAGGGGAUUAAGGCCCACUUCAACAUGGAUGAAAGUGGAGUUCUCCUCCUGGAUCGGGUGGAGUCUGUUUUUGAAACCAUUGUGGAGGAGAAAGAGGAAGAAUCCACAUUAACCAAACUGGGUAACACAAUUUCCACAUUGUUUGGAGGAGGAUCCCCAGAACUUACCCCAAAUGUGACAGAGCCAGUCCAAGAUGAUAAAGAUGAAUCUGGAAAAGGAGGCGAGGAUGAGAAAAAAGAGGACACCCAGAAGGUGGAGAGUACCAAGGAGGAAUCAGAGCAAAGCGCGACAAAGGAGAAAAGCCAGGAGAAGACAGAAGAUGCGGGCUCUUUGACUGACGACAAGGAGGAAAAGGAUGAUGAAAAGAAAUCCAAGGCAGAAAAGGAUGAUGAAAACGUAGCUAAACCUCUGAAAAAGGCAAAGAUCUCAGAAGACAUCGCGAUUGAGCUCGUCAUCAACGAUGUGACAGAUCCCACUGAAGACGACCUUAAAGCUUCCAUAAAGAAGCUGCAGGAUUUGACAGAUCGAGACCUGGCCAAACAAGAAAGGGAAAAGAUGCUCAACACCCUGGAAGCAUAUAUCUUUGAAACUCAAGACAAAUUAUACCAGGAGGAAUACCAGUUGGUGGUGACAGAUGAGGAGAGGGAGCAUAUCUCCUCCAAACUCAGUGAAGCAUCCGCAUGGAUGGACGACGAUGGCUACACUGCAACCAUCACUCAACUCAAGGAAAAGCUUUCUCAGCUCAAGCACGUAUGCAAGGACAUGAUUUUUCGGGUGGAAGAGCGGCGCAAGUGGCCCGAUCACCUCGCCGCCCUGGACAGCAUGCUCAACACCUCCAGCAUCUUCCUACGGAGUGCAAAGCUCAUUCCAGGAGACGAUCAAAUAUUUACUGAAGUUGAACUGAAUGUUUUAGAAAAAGUGAUCAAUGGGACACUGACAUGGAGGAAUGAGAUUGCCGCCGAGCAGGAGAAACGUUCUCCAAAAGAGCGUCCAGUCAUGCUCUCCAAAGACAUUGAGGCCAAGCUUGCCCUGCUGGACAGAGAAGUCAACUACCUUCUAAACAAGGCAAAGUUUGCCAAGCCGAAACCUAAACCCAAGAACAAUACGAGCGCCGAUAAAAGUAGCAAGGCCAAUAGCACCGCUGAGCAGGAAGUCAUCCUGCCCACAGAGGAGAUCUCCGACGAAACGAGUGAAAACCUAGAAGACAAGCUGCCCCUUGAUGCCACGCCCACAGAGGAGAGCACUGCUCAGAUAGAAUCUGGGACCAAAUCACAGCUCGGAGAAGAAACAAAAUCAGGAACUGAGAAGGCUAAAUCUGAGAACCACAUAGAUGAUGAAUUAUAACAACUGGAACAUGGAGUGUUAUCACAAUAUUUAUUGAUGGUGUAAAUGUUUUUUUUUCUUUUCAUUUUUGACCUGAUGUCCAUUUGAUGUUGAUUUGGUUUAAAGACUCGUGAUGACUUUUCUCCUUUUCCUUAUGUUGGUCUCAGCAGCAUACGCUUCACACUGUGACAAAGAACUUCAGCAACUUGGUUUAGUUGUUUUUUUUUUUUUUUUUUUAAUGUUUGUUUUCACUCCUUUGCACUGUAUUUUUUUGAACCCUAUUGUUGUUGUAUGCUGACGCUGAAGAUCCUCUCCAGACAGCCCAACAUGCACACCCACCUCUCCCAGGCCCUUGGAAGGAGCAAGAAAACAGAACUUCAAUUAUAACAUUUCAGUCUGAGUCAAUGUAACACAUUAGAUUGAAUAGGCACUUUGGGUUAUUGGUGUAUUAAGAGUACAGUAACAUUUUUUUUUUUUUAAACCAAGGAAUUACCAAAAAAAAGGAAUCGGACAUUUCUGGCAGCCAGAGAGAGAAGAUACUAGUUGUUAACACAACGUAAGAAAGCGAUUUUUCAUCGAUUGUGUAUCAUGGCAUAAUUUUCAAAACAUGGACAGUAUGGUGUUCCAUGGCAGUCAUGUGACUCCAUUGUUGUAAUACUUUAAAAAAACAUAUUUGUCUAAAGUCAGAGCUGAUAUGUGAUGACAAGUACACCGUAUGCCCUGCGACCUGCACCAUUACUUUUGAGAACAUGUUAAUUGGAAGAUGACAAUGAAUAAAAGUGUAACUUUGU